AUGACAGAUGGAUUCAUCGCGAUUGUGCCGAAACCCGCCCUUGGCGGCGCGGUUACGUCACCUAUCGGCAUGGCAAAUAUUCCAAACCAAGGCGGCCAUCAAGGGAUCUCGAUUCAGACCGCUCUUCCAGAUGCCCCAGUCAUGCGGCUGACUGAGGACAAGGUGAAGGAUCGAAGAAGCAACAUCUCAGGUGACCCAUUCUGUCACAGUCAGCUAUUCGUCCCCAUGUUUCCCAAGGCUGAAGUUGUUUUGUUUAUUGAUGUCUUCCUCGAGGAGGUUAAUACCACCCUUCCACUCUUUCACGGGCCAUCUUUGGUGGCCAUGUGCCACAGGAAUUUCCCCGUGAACGAUAAGUACGAUGAUCCUGCGUGGCGGGCUUGCUUGAACACGGUUGUAGCUAUCGCGGUCCAGUGGAAGACAGUCAACAGCCAUUUCAGAGCCGUCUCAGAUUUCUCUUGGGGGCUUUUCAAAAAUGCAUUUUCUGUUUACCAGGACAUUUUGGUUAGCGAACCGAGUGUCUUGUCUGUGCAAGCAAUCCUCAUCAUGGCCGUGUUCCUGAGUGGAACUACAGACAACAGGACAAUGACACUUCUUCUUCACUCAGCGAUGAGAAUGAUACACAUCUUAGGGCUACACCUAGAACAACCAGACGACGAGGUGAAUCCUAUUGAAGCCGAGCAAAGGAGGCGUGUGUUUUGGGCGGCGCAUCUGAUGGAAAAGACCACAAGCACAGAUCUUGGAUUGCCAUCAACCCUACACAAGGACUGGUACAAGGUCGGCCUUCCAAGUAAGAGCGCACCAGGCGACGUGGAGUGCUCUGGUGCUACCGACUGCACUGGGAAUAUAAAUCUCUUCAUCUUGAGAAUCGAGUUGUUGAUGAUUGAGUCCAAGGCAGAAAGUUGUCUGUCUAAUCCUAGGAGUGAUUUCAACCAAUUGUUGGAAUUGCGCCGUGAGCUGAACGCUUGGAAGGACAGGAUGCCAGCUGAACUUCGACCGGAUGCCGGAUGCGGUAUUGCAACAGGUGGCUUGGCAGUUCUUAUGCUACAUGUCACAUUAUUCAGGUGUAUGAGUCUAGUAAACGAGGCUCGAAAGGAACUGGAAAUUGAGGCUUGCAGGGCCACAAUUUCCCUUCUUCAACACGUGCGAGCUCUUCCAUUCGCAGAUCUAUGGCGAUUUCUCCCGCACCCAUUAUGUGCGACCAUUACGCUCCUCGCGGAGGUUCUCAAAGACCCUUCUGGACCACUUGCAGAGUCCGAUGCCAGUCUCAUAGAAUCCUUUGCGCGAUUUGUUGAGAGAAUGAAGCGCGAAGAUGGGUGUGAUCUCGCAAACUUCCUGGCCGGGGUUACUGUACUCGAACAGAUCGCCAAGAACGCCGUCGGAGACACAGAGAAUAUGGGACAGACCAAUUUGAUUACUGGAGCAUUCGAAACGGUCAAGGGCUCAGCUGUAGGGAACCCAAUUCUAAUUACAUGCACAUUGCUCACGGGCUAA